CAUAUAAAGCUUAUCAUCAUUAAGUGGCAACAACAGUAGAGAGGCAAGAGAGGGAGAAUAAGGAGAGAGAGAAUAAUGCAAGGAGACAAAGCAAAUGACAAUAUUUACAGAGAGUGUUUAAGGAACCAUGCAGCCAGCCUUGGAAGUUAUGCCACUGAUGGCUGCGGAGAAUUCACUCUUGACGACAAUAACAACAACAAUACUUCCCCACGCAGCGCAAGCUUACACUGCGCUGCCUGUGGUUGUCAUCGUAACUUCCACCGUAAAGUUAUGUACGGUGCUAGUUACAGCAACAAUAGCAGCCGCGACCGAGAAAUCGUGGCAGCAGAGUUGACUGACUACGGUGGAGGGAGGAUGAGCGCCGCCCUGACAGCUGAGGAGUCACCGAGGAGCGGGAAGAAACGAUUUAGGACGAAGUUUACGACGGAUCAGAAAGAGAAAAUGCUGGCAUUUGCGGAGAAAUUAGGAUGGACGCUGCAAAGGAAAGAUCAAGAAAAUGAAACUGAAAGAUUUUGCAGAGAGGUAGGGGUAAGUAGAAAGGUGUUUAAAGUAUGGAUGCAUAAUCAUAAGAAUAACACUUCCUCUGUAUCCACUGGCAAUGCAUCUUCUCUUACUCAAUAAGAUUUUAGUAAUUCUUACUUCUCAAGGAGUACUAGGUUAAGUUAUUCCCUUUUUUAUCCUUUUACUUUUGGUUAAAUCCACUAAUUUAGUAUCCAAAUCUUGUACUGCAGCACUUGAGACAUCUCUUCCUUGUUCCUUUUUUCAUUUUCUUCUGAUACAACUAUAAGAAUCAAUGAAUGUCACUGCAGCUGAGUGUUAGGAUGGUAACGUGCACCAAUAAGGGCUGUGCUAGUUGAGUGGUAAGUACUCAUUUAUCUUUAACCAUAAGUUUGGGGUUCAAGUCUGAAUAUGGAGUCGUCUUUGUGAGGGAUUGUUGUACCCCAAAUAUGGGACUUCCCAAAGUGGAUCCAAAUUUAAUCGGG